AUGGCAAUGUUCAAAAAGAAGAAGGAUGAAGACAGGAAGCCGAUUGAGCAGGAGAUCGCUGAGCUGCAGCGGAAAUUCCGCGUCCUGGAAAAUGACAAGAGAGCCUGUAGCGAGGACUCUCAAGGCACAAUUCGAAAGCAGCGUGCCACCAUCGAAAAGCUCACGCGCGAGAAUCGCAAGAUGAAGGCGGAGCUCAACGAGACCCGGUCCAGCACUGGCACCCAGGCGGAGGCCAAAAUGCAGCAGGAGACCAUCAAUAGGCUGAGCGAGCAGAAAGAGCAGCUCACUGCAAAGACAGAUGGCGAGGAAGCUGAGGCAAAGAAACUUCAGGACAAGCUGGACUCAACCCAGAGACGGAUCUUCGAGCUUCGGGAGGAGAUGGCCAAAAGCGGAGGCGUGAACGCGGCGCUCGACAACUCCAAGGCCAUUGCGAAGCAAAUCCGUAUCCUGGAGAACAGACUGGACAAGGGCUUGCAGAAGUUCAAUGAAGCCAUUGCUGCCAAUCGAACUUUGCGAGAGCAGAUCGACACGCUUCGCAGGGAACGUGUGGUCUUUGACGACAUCUACCGGAAGUUGGAAAAUGAGCUGCAGCAGAAAAAGAAAGAAAUGGCAAACAUCAUCGAGCAGGCAAACGCCGCAUAUGAAGCCCGAGAUUCUGCCCAGGCACAAAUGGCUUCCCUCAAGCAGCAGGCAGACAAAGAACAUGCGGAGUUCGAGAAGGAGUGGCGCGAAUUAGGCCGUCUUAUCGAGAACGACAAACGCAUGAAAGAGUUCAUGCGCACGAAGGUGCGUGGCAAAGAAGAGGGCGAUAGCAAGGAUGAGGACAAGCACAAGAAGAAGAUUACAAAGCACACCUGGGACACUACCAAGUCUUUGGUGACUAUGACCUCCAACCAGGACAAGGUUGCCAGCUACGAGGAAGCCUUCGCACGCAUCCAGGCAGCGACUGGAAUCUGUGACAUAGACCAGCUUGUGCAGAACUUCAUUGACGCGGAGGACACCAACUUCUCCCUCUUCAAGUACAACAAUGAGCUCAGCGCAGAGAUCGAAAAGCUAGAGCAGCAGAUUGCCGAGUACAAGGAAGAGUACAUUACUCUGAGUGGUCAGAGCAGCCGCAAAGAAGACACCGAGAAGGCGAAGAUCCUUGAGAGCCUGGAGGAGAAAUGGAACGACAUCGAUCGCAAGGCCAUCACCUAUGAAGUGAAACACCAGGAGUCGCAGCAGACUCUGUCUCACAUCAGGACCUGCAUCGAGUCCAUUUUCCGACGGCUGGGCUGCACCGCCGAGGAUCUGCCCUGUGGUUGUGGCAGUGGCAUCUCAGAGGCCAACAUGAUGGUGUAUCUGGCAAUCAUCGAGCAGCGAACCAACGAGCUUCUGAAGAUGUACGACUCCUUGAAGCAGGAGGAUGACGAGUACGAAAGCACCAGGCCUGCGAGAACUGGGCAGACCUCUACCAGCCUGCAGAUGAAGCUCCCAAGCACGGUGGAGGACUACUCAGAUGAUGAAGAUGACGAAGACGAGGACGAUCAAAGGCCUUUCACUCGGGACGAGCUGAAGACCAAAGCAAACAAGAACUACAACAAAAAACAGAAGAAGCCGAGGAAAACUGGAGCACCAACGGAGAAGUAG